AGUGACAUUUAUGUUGCUCAAGUUGUGUUGUUUCGUAAACUGGAAUAGAACUUGUUUAUUUGUGAAAUUUUAUGUAAUUUAGAUAUUUUUAUAGUAAUAAAAUGGGUUCCGAAGUAAACCCAAAUAAUAUACCUUUGACUGCCUUGACUUACAAGUCUAAAUACAUCUUGGGUUGUUUACUGAACACAAAGAAAGUUUUACCGAGUGAUGGCCCUGAUAAAUUACCGAGGGACUGGCGCGGGCUGGCCUCCUUGGUGAAUAUAUCUUCAGAGAUGGCGUCAUCCUUGGAACACAUCCCAGACAAAACAGGGAGAAUACUGGAGCUGUGGUCACAGAAACGGGAUGGAACAGCCACGGUGGCACAGUUGUUUUUUUACUUACAGAGAUUAGACAGACAUGAUGUGUAUGACGAUUUACAAGAGUUGUUAAGAAAUGGGGAACUGGCUGACCCGCAGCCCAUGGCAAUCCCUCAAAAUGCACAAAUGUCAAGACUGGAAGAUGUGCGAGAUGAUCUCAUUACGUUUGACGAUGUGACACACGGGGAGCCUCAGUUGUAUCACGCCUACGUGCUGUAUGCGAGAGAAGACAAAGACUUCAUAGAUGAACUACUUAGUAGAAUGAGAGGGAAUGGGUUUAAGUUAUGCACAGAAGACGACCUCCUGCCUGGUCACUCCACACAGUACUCAGCGGUGUCCCGGCUGAUCUCAGAGAGAUGUCACCGGAUCAUCCUGAUCUACUCACCCGAGUUCCUCAGCAGUCCUGCCAACACCUUCUAUAUGGACUAUGCACAGGCUGUUGGCAUUGAGCUGAAGAAGCCGAAGAUAAUCCCGUGCAUGUACCGCGCGUGCCGGCUGCCGAGCCACCUGAGCCACAUCCACAACCUGUACUACUCGCCGCCCGGCCAGAAGGCCGCCUACGACUUCUGGGAGAAGCUAGCGCAGUCGCUGCAGCUUGUCAAAUUGCCCAGAAUAACAAACGGCACAGCGAGUUCCAGCCACUCAUCCCUGAGCAUCACAGAAAUGAAGCCGCUCACCAACGGCUACUCCACACAGACUCCGACCAGCUUCCUCGCGCUCCCCGAACCACACAAGAGCAGCAAGUCCCUCACAGACCUCAGCACCCUACAGAUAACCCUGCCGUCAGACGACAGCAAGUCACUCAACAAUCUUAUAAGCCAAAGCAGCGAGAAAAGGAAGAAGUCAAGUAAACUGCCAAAGUUUAUCAAAUCGUUAGUCAAGAAGAAACCGAAAAACGCGAUUAUGUUAGAGAAUUAGCGAAGGGCUGAAAAGGUUAGUAUGUUAUUGAAUGAAUGAUGUUGCUGACAUAGAACACUUCACACUCAAGUGUACAGAGUCCACGAGUUUUACUGAAUGAGUGACGAUGAUGGCCUAUCAGGGGUCUGCGCAAUCGAAAAUGGCGGUGAUUUUACGCAUAUUUAUAUGUCGUAUUGCCGCAUAAACAAAUCCGUUUGGAGGUAAAUGUUCUAUAGGAGUGUAUACAAAUAUGUAGCCGGCUAUUCUUGUUUGUACAGAGAGCCCUUAUGCCGUCAAAGCUGCAGACUUUUUAAAAGGAGGCGUACCUAUGACGCUAAUUUCCAAAAAAGGGAUAUAUUGUUUUCUUAACCAUUCUAUAAAUGGUAAGCAGCAGUGCCUAUUCAUCUGAGCUUGUAAAUAUGUGUGGAUUAUACAGUGCUAUACUGAGAUUGGUCUUCCAUUAAAUAAUGUGAUAUUUUCAGAAA